AGUAAACCCCCGGAAACUUCCCUCCGCCAUUUCGCUCCUCCUUCGUUGGCAAAGCUAAAACCCUAAAACCCACCCAUCUCUGCUCAUCGCAACAACCGGGCAGAGCUUUCGUGACUGUGAAAGCUCCGGUUUUCAGUGAUCUCAGGCCCUCGCCAUGGCCCCUGAUGCAUCCGACGCCCUGGCAGUGAGGCAAAAAGUCCAGCUCUUUCUCAAUGCAGCCCGAACGGGGAAUCUUGAUUUGCUGAAAAAUUUAGCAAAGCAGCUUGAUGAUGGCAAGGGGAUGGCAAUAACUGUGGCGGAUGUUAAGGAUGCAAACAAGCGAGGGGCGCUCCAUUUUGCGGCAAGAGAGGGCAAGAUUGAGGUUUGCAAGUACUUGCUGGAGGAGCUUAAGCUUGAUGUUGAUACAAAAGAUGAAGAUGGUGAUACUCCUCUUAUUCAUGCUGCUCGACAAGGGCACACUGAAACAGCAAAAUACCUUAUUGAGCAUGGUGCUGACCCAUCUAUACCUAGUGAGUUAGGUGCUACUGCCCUGCACCAUUGUGCUGGAAUAGGGAAUAUUGAGUUGUUGAAGAUCAUACUUUCAAGAGGAGUUGAUGUUGAGUCGCAAAGUGAUGCUGGGACCCCCUUAAUUUGGGCUGCUGGUCACAGUCAACCUGAUGCCGUGAAGAUUCUCUUAGACCAUCAGGCUAAUCCCAAUGCUGAAACUGAUGAUGGUAUCACACCACUGUUAUCUUCCGUAGCGGCCAGUUCACUUCCUUGUUUGGAGCUGUUGCUUCAGGCAGGUGCUAAUGUGAACAUAAUUGCUGGUGGAGCGACCCCUUUGCACAUUGCUGCCGAUAAUGGGAAUCUUGAGAUCAUUAAUUGCUUAUUACAAGCUGGAGGUGAUCCUAAUAUUGCUGAUGAGGAGGGUGUGAAGCCUAUUUUGGUCGCAGCUGGAAGAGGCAACCAGAGGGCUGUGGAGGCUCUUUUUCCCGUGACCUCACAAAUCGAAUCUAUCCCGAAAUGGACGGUUGAUGGCAUUAUCGGAUAUAUGCAGUCUGAGUCAGGCAAACAGCAGGAAGAAACAAAAAAGCUUCAGGAGGCAAAGGCCCAGAAAGAUACUGCAUCAACAAAGCAAAAUCUUCCUGAGGUGAGUCCAGAAGCCAAAAAGAAAGCUGCAGAAGCAAAAGCAAGGGGAGACGAUGCUUUCAAGAGGCAGGAUUUUCAAACAGCCAUUGAUGCUUAUACACAGGCAAUAGAUUUUGACCCGAAUGAUGGGACUUUGCUUUCCAAUAGAAGUCUUUGUUGGAUUCGUCUCGGACAGGCUGAACAGGCACUAGCUGAUGCAAAGGCCUGCAGAGCGCUCAGGCCCGAUUGGCCCAAGGCUUGCUAUCGUGAAGGAGCAGCUCUGAGCUUACUGCAGAGGUUCGACGAGGCAGCGAAUGCAUUCUAUGAGGGUGUCAAGCUCGACCCCGAAAAUAAGGAGCUUGUAAAUGCUUUCAGAGAGGCUGUUGAAGCCGGAAGGAAGUUUCACGGCACUGAUCAGACCAAGACAUAACUUGGGAUCAUCUGAAGAAUGAGAUGCUGUGUCUGGGAAGUUCUCCGUGGGCUGCGGUCGGUUCCCUGGGAGACGGCGACCUUUUGAUAUAGGCUCCGAGGAGUACAUUGAGUGGUGGAAGGGGUAUACAUGAAGCCACAAGGGGAAGCAAGGCUUGCAGAUUCUAUCGACUGGUGGGUCUUUCUUGAAUUUGUGUAAAAAUAUUAUAUGUCGGCACUCAUGUUCUGUGGGAUCUUUGUGGUUGAGAAAGAAUCUUAGUGAGGCAAAAUCAUUGAUGAAGCAAAGCUCGUGUUCUUUGAUGUCCUACUAAAGCUACUCACAAUCAUGUUCCCCAAGUGUUUCAACGGAAAAAGAGAGAGAGAUCACAUGAUUGACAUGA